AUUAUUGAUCUGAAUAUUGUUUUAGGAUAAAUAUAGAUCAGUCACAUCCUUAAUAUGUCCAAAGGGGCCAUAAAAGGAACUCUCCCUCUCUGUUAGCUGACAGCCAUGGCUAACCUCUUAUUAGCACUAUCAAUCCUCCUCCUCACUUUCCUCAACAGAGGAUCAGUGUUCUACACGGCCGCCGUUGAGUACAAGCCGGCGCCGGGGAUAGCGGAGCAGCGACAUCUGCACACCGACGACCGCCGGAUGCUCGAUCCUUUCCAGCUCUGCCUCGACUGCCGGUGUUGCGCUGCCAACGAUUCGAGCAUCUGCUCGAUGAUGCCAUGCUGCUUCGGCAUCGACUGCAACCUUCCGGAGAAGCCGUUCGGGGUCUGCGCCUUCGUUCCCAAGACCUGCAACUGCACCUCCUGCCAGUGACUCUGUUCUUCUUCACGAAAAGCUAAAGAAAGUAUAUUUUAGCUUCUUAAUUGAUAUAUAUUUAAAUAUACGAACGAUCAUGGUAUAGGGAACUGGAAUAUAUAUCUUGUUGAUUAAUUCAAUCUUCUCUGAUCAGCUUUGAUGAGGAAUCUGUCUUUCAACUGUUUCAGAUUUAUUCUUGCCCACUACGGCAAUUAUUCAAUUAUUUCUUGUUUUUU